CUAGGCGUAGCGUCCUUUGCGGGACGCGCAUGCGCACUUCCAGGGGUUCGGUUUGUGUUUACAGCCGCCCGACCAGUGUAAUGUAGUGCAAUGUUAUGACAGCCCUUUUUGGAAUUAAAAAUUCUAUACAGCAAACAGGUGGUUUUAAUAAUUUAGCCCCCAUUCAUGUGCUGCGCUUGGUUUAGCAGUCAUGGAUGACAAGGCCUCGGUUGGGAAAAUUAGCGUGUCGUCCGACUCGGUUUCCACCCUCAACAGUGAGGACUUUGUGCUGGUGUCCCGCCAGGGGGACGAGACGCCCUCCACAAAUAACGGUAGCGAUGACGAAAAGACAGGACUGAAGCUUGAGCCCCUAAUUCACAGAGUGAAGAACAGAGUCAAACAUUCUGUGCUGGUGGCAAGGGAGAGUGAGCAGUGGCAGGUAAUUUCUGAGGAAGGUGUCAGCUUGAAGAUCGUCGGCAACGGUAGUGAGCAGCAGCUCCGGCGCGAGCUGGAAGAUGUUCUGAUGGAUCCAUCCAUGGCCGAGCAGGCAGCCGGCGGUGGGGAGCAGGUAGGGGGCGCCAUGUCUGCCCCCCCAGGAGCCCAGCCCAAGUUGGAGAUGGUGCUGCCUGUCCAGUCCGCCAAGGAAGGCGAGUUUAUGUAUGAAGAGGUCGUCCUGUCUGUGAGGUCCCCUGGCGACUCGUCAGAGCCCAGCCCCAGCACGCCAGUGCCAGACGAGGACAGCGUGGUGUUCAGCAAGCUGACGUACCUGGGCUGCGCAUCCGUCAACGCCCCCCGCAGUGAGCUGGAGGCACUGCGCAUGAUCAGCAUCCUGAGGGGCCAGUGCCAGAUGCCACUGGACGUCACGCUGUCCGUUCCUGGCGUCUCCGAGGGCACCGUCAGGUUGCUGGAUCCUCAGACGAGCACGGAAAUAGCCAACUAUCCCAUCCACAAGAUUCUGUUCUGUGUGCGCGGCCACGACGGUACCCCGGAGAGCGACUGCUUCGCCUUCACCGAGAGCCAUUACAACACCGAGAUCUUCCGCAUCCAUGUCUUCCGCUGCGAGAUCCAGGAGGCGGUUAGUCGGAUCCUGUACAGCUUCGCCACUGCUUUCAGGAGGUCGGCCAGCAAGCCCCUGCAGGCGGCGCAGGCCCCGCCCCUGACGCCCGACAGCGAUGUCUUCACCUUCACCGUCUGCCUUGAGAUCAAGGAGGAUGAUGGGAAAGGCUCUUACAGCGCCGUGUCGAAAGACAAAGACAAGCAGUGCUUCAAGCUGCGCCCCGGGAUGGAGAAAAAGAUAGUGAUCUAUGUGCAGCAGACCUCCAACAAAGAGCUGUCGAUAGAGAGGUGCUUUGGUCUCUUGCUGAGCCCAGACAAAGAUGUGAGGAACAGUGACAUGCACCUGCUGGACCUGGAGUCGAUGGGGAAAAGCUCAGAUGGAAAGUCUUACAUCAUCACAGGGAGCUGGAAUCCCAACACCCCUCAGUUCCAGUCUGUCAACGAGGAGACCCCCAAAGAUAAGUUCAUGUAUAUGACCACGGCUGUGGACCUGGUCAUCACGGAGGUGGAGGAGCCCGUGAGGUUCCUGCUGGAGACACGGGUGCGAGUCUGUUCCCCCAACGAGAGGCUCUUCUGGCCUUUCAGCAAGCGGAGUUACACCGAGACCUUCUACCUGAAACUCAAGCAGAUGGAGAGGAAGGACAGGAAGAGCAACACGGACACGCUGUACGAGGUGGUAAGCCUGGAGAGCGAGUCUGAGCGGGAGAAGAGGAAGACCACGGCCAGCCCCAGCAUCCUGCCCUCGGCGUCGCACGGCCCCAUGGUGCCUUCACCCCCUGAGGACGAGGAGGAGGAAGACAAUGACGAGCCGCUGCUGAGCGGCUCGGGGGACGUGUCCAAAGAGUGUGCCGAGAAGAUCCUGGAGACCUGGGGCGAGCUGCUGUCCAAGUGGCACAUGAACCUGUCCGUUCGGCCGAAGCAGCUCCCCGCACUCGUCCGCAGCGGCAUCCCGGAGGCUCUUCGGGGAGAGGUCUGGCAGCUUCUGGCCGGUUGCCAUAACAACGACCACCAGGUGGAGGAAUACCGCACGCUCAUCACAAAGGAAUCCCCGCAGGAUAGCGCCAUCACCAGGGACAUCAACCGCACGUUCCCCGCACACGACUACUUCAAAGACACGGGAGGCGACGGCCAGGACUCGCUCUACAAGAUCUGCAAGGCGUACUCCGUGUACGACGAGGAGAUCGGCUACUGCCAGGGACAGUCCUUCCUCGCCGCCGUGCUGCUGCUACACAUGCCUGAGGAACAAGCCUUCAGCGUGCUGGUGAAGAUCAUGUUUGACUACGGACUCAGGGAGCUCUUCAAGCAGAACUUCGAAGACCUUCACUGCAAGUUUUUCCAGUUGGAGCGACUCAUGCAGGAAUACAUCCCAGACCUGUACAGCCACUUCCUGAACGUCAGCCUGGAGGCUCACAUGUAUGCUUCUCAAUGGUUCCUCACGCUCUUCACUGCCAAGUUUCCUCUCUACAUGGUCUUCCACAUUAUCGACCUUCUGCUCUGUGAGGGCAUCAGCGUCAUCUUCAAUGUUGCUCUGGCGCUCCUGAAGACCUCGAAGGAUGACCUCCUCCAGACGGACUUCGAGGGGGCGCUGAAGUUCUUUCGGGUCCCCGUCCCAAAGCGGUACCGGUCCGAAGAGAACGCCAAGAAGCUGAUGGAGCUGGCCUGCAGCAUGAAGAUUAGCCAAAAGAAGCUGAAGAAGUUUGAGAAGGAGUACUAUGCCAUGCGGGAGCAGCAGGCCCAGCAGGAGGCGCCCAUCGAGAGAUACGAGAGGGAGAACCGGCGACUCCAGGAGGCCAACAUGCGACUGGAGCAGGAGAACGACGACCUGGCCCACGAACUGGUCAGCAGCAAGAUCGCCCUGCGCAAGGACCUGGACAACGCGGAGGAGAAGGCCGACGCCCUCAACAAGGAGCUGCUGAUGACCAAGCAGAAGCUGGUUGACUCCGAGGAUGAGAAGAGGCGACUAGAGGAGGAAUCGGCACAGCUCAAGGAGAUGUGCAGACGGGAAUUGGACAAGUCGGAGUCGGAGAUCAAGAAGAACGGCUCCAUCAUCGGUGAAUACAAGCAGAUCUGCUCCCAGCUUAGCGAGCGUCUGGAAAAGCAGCAGGCGGCCAAUAAGGGGGAGCUGGAGAAGAUCCGGCAAAAGGUGGAGGGCUGUGAGAAGUGCAGCGUGCUCUUCAGUAAGGAGGGCCGUCUGAAGGAGCGCCGUGCCACCAAGGAAGGCAGCGAGGACGACACGGAUGAGGAGAAGGAGGCCCUGAAGAACCAGCUGCGCGAAAUGGAGCUGGAACUGGCCCAGACUAAGCUGCAGCUGGUGGAAGCCGAGUGCAGGAUCCAGGACCUGGAGCACCACCUGGGUCUGGCGCUGAACGAGGUCCAAGCCGCAAAGAAAACCUGGUUCAACAGGACGUUAAGCUCCAUCAAGACUGUGACGGGCACCCAGGGAAGAGAGACGACCUAGCUAGAGGGAGGGGCCAGGCCGGGCGAGGCUGCCACUGCAGUGCCCCCCCCCCCCACCCCCCCCCCCCCCCCCCCCCCCCCCCCUCCGCUCACGCUCACUCCCGGGACCAGAGUGAAUACUCAACGGGGUUUUUAAAAAGGACAAUAUUCUUAGGGUACAACAGCCCCAGAUGACAACAUGUACUUAAAAUUAAGAAGGCUUUAACUUUAGUGGAGUCUAUAUACUACUGAUUAUUUAAAACAGUGUCUCUCAGCCUGUUUCUGGACCCCCAGAAAGUCCAAGUUUUUGCUCCCUGCUAGACGGUUCCCCGUUUUGCUCCCUCCCAGCUCCCAACCUACUGUAAGCUGGGAUGGACCAAAACCUGGACUGUUGGGGCUCCCCGAGGGCCGGGUUGAGAGACGCUGAUUUAAAAGGUAAGGGUGUGGCUGUGGAGUAGCCAGUAGCCCUUACCGCUGUGGGAGAGCAUCUGCUGACCUGCUUCAGGCUACUUGCACAAAACUCCUGUUGAUAUCUAGGUACAAGUGCUAACAGCCUCCUUUUUGAACUUGUGAGCUUUUUCUGAUUCUGUUUAACAAUGCCGUUUUUUGUUUUCUAUUUACAUAAGUACAUACGUUCAGAUGUAUAGAUAUGUGUGUGUGAGUGUGUGUGUGCGUGUGAGCUGAAUGGGGCUCCUUUGACAUUUUUACCAUGUGGAAAUGGAGGUCGGUGCCAUUCAGGCUGUAGAAAGCGCGCAGACGGCCUCACGUCGAUCAUGCCGAAUCGCUGCACUCACUGACAGUCGCUAUAAUCAUUGAAAACGCCACUCUGAUCAUUACUUGAUGCUAGUCCACCACUUGGGGGCUUUUUUUCACUGUAAAAGGCCGUCAGCGUGCCAGCUUGGUGCCGGGACCGCAGUGAGGCGUCGGCGAGUCAGUGGACCUCUACCCAUGAUAGCCAGAAUCCCCCCCUAGUUUCCGAGCCCGGCGUUUGACCAUGUGCUCCCAGGAUGGGCGGCAGGGCCGGAUUAGAGAUGGUCUCGGCCCAGGUGACUUCUGGCAUCUGCUAGUAAGAAGCAGAAUUUUUGGGUUGGUGUCUCUAGACGGCCUUUGAUAAGGAUUUGGAGAUGGGCAGCCGUGUGCUUCUGCGCGUGUGGAGGGUCUCUUUCAGGUGUGCUGUAGCAGAGGAGCACCAGCUCUUUGCACCUUAAACAUAUUUAUAAUGGGUUCCUGCUGGCUCACGUUGCCGUUGUGAUUAGUGGAGAGCUUGUACUGCGGAAGCUGACUUUGAGAGGCAUUGGUUUGUAUAUAGGAAGCGUAUGAGUUUGUUUAUUUUGUAUUCCUGUUUUCCUUGGUAACUAUACUAAUGUUGCCUAACGUACUCCGUUAUGUCGAUGCUCAAAGCUUUUUGUCUGAAAUGUCAAACCGCUGUUACAUUCAUUACAUGCCAAAAUGUACCUUCAUCCAGCAUUAUGGAAGUGUGGAUGUUGUAAUAGUAAUAGAUUGCAUUGUGUAUAAUUCAUGCAUUUAAAUAUAAACUAAAGAAGUGAUAAACACAGA